AUGGUUAUGGUACAACGACAAGUCGAAAAAGCUCUGGAAAAUGUUUUUUUGUCACAUUUUCAUAUAUGGAUUUAAUAUUUAGAUGAAUUUUUCGGUUGUCGAGCAUAAUUCGGUCGAAAACGAGAAGGAAGAAGAAAUCGAACAGUACGAUUCGAUUCCUGGAGAUGUGAAUUUCCAUCAAAAUAUCAGAUUUUGAAAGUAAAUGAUGGGUUUUCCAGGACGAAGUGGACGAGGAGCCAAUAUCUGAACUCCCCGUUUCAAGCCAGGCAGUAAUUCUUUGAAGACUUUUUUGAUAAUGAUGAACAUUUCGGUUUAACGCCAGAGUGGUCCCUAUAGGAGUCAGGGAAAAAUGAGGCUUUAUAGUGCUCCCUAUAGGGCUGAAGUUUAGAUUUUCUCUAUGGGAACUGACUUUCAACCUAAGUGCUCCCUAUAGUGACUUCUAAUUUUAUUUCAGAUUAGAGAUUAAACAGAAAAACUUGAUAAAUUCAUCCACUCUUGUUAUUUUUUAUUUCAAAAAAAGCAUUUUAUUGAUUUUUUUCAAAUGGAAAUGCUUCUCUUCAUGACAGCUAGUCCCCUCUAGUGAUCACUUUAGCAAGUUUUAGCGCGAAACCUUCUAGGAUCAUCAGGUUGCCCCUCUAGGGACCACUCUGAAGUUCCUUAGAAGAAUAUUAUCAUGAAAGGAUAGCUACUGAAAAAAGUAGCGCGCUGGAAAAGUCUGUAGAAAUUUUCAAAUUGGCUUUUUUCCAAAUUUUUCAAGUUUUGAAAAGGUUUUUAGACAUUUUUUCAGUUUUUUAAUGGUUUUUAAGUACGUAUUUCAUUAAAAUAUGACCAGUUGGAAGUCUGAUUUUCAAAAUCCAUGGCUGGUCAUUCAUUUCAAAAAUUCUCUCUUUUUUGGAUUUUUUUUUCUCCGCCGAAAAAUUUUAUCCGAAUUUAUUCAUCAGUUUUUCGCACACACCAUGUUUCGGGUCAAAUUGGAAGGCUUGAUCUAAAAUUUACUCAGAAAAAAAAAAUCUCAUCUUUUCGGCCUCUUAGUUAUCUGAAAUCCAGAAUUCUAACAAUUUUGAAACUUGGAUAAUUUUCAACGUGAAAAACUUCAAAAAUUAAAAAAAAAACACCGAUUUUUCCUACAUUCCCAACAAAAACUCUUCCUUGAAAGUUUUUCUCUUCUAUGUAAUUUCGUAAUUUUUUGUUUGAUUUUUUUGAUUUUUUUUCUCGUAUUUCUCGUGCGUUCCAAAGACGCUUUUUUUCAAUAAUAAAUGAAAUAAUUGUUCAUUUUUUUCCUGUUCUAAAAAAAUCAUCUUUUUGUAGCUGAUCUCAAUUUCUGAUGAGUCGACUUUUCAAAGACCCGUCUUAAACAACGUUUCUUUCGCUUCUUCCUUCGAGAAAUUCGACUCGGAAACGACAAAUGUAUCCAAUUUUCAUUCAUUUUUCAAUUUCCCCCUCUUAAAAAUCGUUCAAAUCAUUUUUAGACCGACAAACGAUCAAUUUCGGAAGCUUCUCAACUGGAACAGGAUCAAUUUGCUCCUGAAACUGUGAAAUAUUUUCUAAAAAAAUAUUUAUUUUGUUGAAAAAUUUUUCAGCCAAUCGUGGAGAUAAGAAACGGCGAAAUGGAUCGGUAAAAAAUGAUUUUCAAAAAAAAAUUAUGAAGAAAACUUUCAGACGUGCAUUUCCUACGUUCCAACUUCCGAAAAUUACGGAGUCGCAAAGGUAAUUUUUUGGAAUUUUUUCGAAAUUUGGAGUUUAUUGAAAUUUUUUUUUUUCAGAAGUGAAAGCUCAUUUUUCAUCCAUUUUUGCAGUUUUUUUUUUGAAGCUUUUUUUUUAGCUUUAUCAAAAUUUUUCCUCUUUUUUCGAUCUUGAGGUGGUUUUUUCUCUCAACCGUUCUUUUCCUCGAUUUUAAAAGUUAGCCAGAAUUAAAAAGAUUUCUGAGAAACUUGGUCGCAUGGGAAUGGCUCACAAGGAAGGUAAUUUUACUUUAUGACAGGAAAUUUCUUGAAAAUCGACCAGAACACUCUUUGGUGUACCAGAAAAGGAUCCUGUAAGCCUCAAUUUUCAAAACUUUUUAGUUUUUGAGAAAUGUCUUUUCAAAGUCAACGUAAACCCAUGGUUGAAAUAGGCCAUUUUCAAUCAUUAUUUUUUUGGAUAUCUAAGAAUUUUUUUAAAAAAAUAGAGAUUCUCAGAAAUUGUUUCUGAUACAUCAAUGAAGAAUUUUCAGGAAAUUCCCAACCAUGAGUUAAAAAUUAACUUCCUUGUUAGCGGGAUUAACGUUAAAAACAUGUGUUUUUUUAUCGAAUGAAAAUUUGAAGUUUUAACUUGAAACUCGACGCACUGAGCCAUUCCAAAUGCGACCAGAAGAUAUCAAGUCAAGAAAUGCUGAAAAAAAAAGAUCAAAGUUGUAAAUUCAUUCAAUUUUUCAUUGAAUUCUAGUCUACCAAUGAUGCAAGAAAGCUCUUCUGAGUCCCAGCGGAUGUAUCAAAGGUUUUUUUAUUUUUUUUUUUUUUUUUUUUUCCGGUGAGGGAUAGUUAAGUUCAGACAGGAGUUUUUGGGCAUGAAUUCAAAAAAGUUUCAAAAAAAUAGGAAAGAAGAUUUUUCUAAGAAACGCUUGCGUUGAAAUUUUUUUGAAUGGGUAUUUUGGAAAGGGAAUUUUUUUGAAAGCUUUAUUAAAUUUUGUUUUCGAAGAUGUUAGUCUUCUUUUGGAAAAAUUAGUGUACUCAUAAGUUUUUUUACUGAAAAAAAUUGCUGGAAUGUUUUUUUCCAAUUUUUUUGUGUAAAUCGAGUGUCAAAAAAACGCUUAAAAAGUAUUUUUUUAGGCUAAUGCCGGAUUCAAGUUCAUUUCCGCGAUUUCAAAAUUGACGCGAAAUACGCGAAAUUGGAAUUUCGGGAGCCAUUGGAAAAAAAUUUGUCCUACAGCGAAAAAAAGCAAAUUUUACAAAUUUUUUUCGGAAGAUUUAAUAGAAAUUUCAAAUUUUCACGUAAAAGACGAUAUCGCAAUAUAUCCCGACGAUUCUCGAAAUUCCAAUUUUGCAUAUUUUGCGAAAUGAUUUACACCGAAUUUUAAAAUUGGCGAAAUUGUUUUGAACACGGUUUAAAGUACAGUUUUUCUGUUUUAAUAGACUCACAAAAAAAUAAUUUUAACCGACUGAUUUUCGUAGGCUCUCCGAAGUGACAAGCCAACACUUGGAAGAGCUCUCCAAAAUCUGUGUUCGUGCGCAAAUUGAUAAGAACGAAAUGUUUGGCGCCCCUUUUUUUGAAUCCAUCCCAAAGUUUUUGUCAUUUUUCAGGGAGAAAAACCUGAAAGCCCAACUUUUGAAGGUAAUUCAUCAAAUAAUUCACAUCUUAAACGGCAUUUUCAAGGCGGAAAUGGAAAAUCUCCAGCUGAGGGAGAAAAUUUCUCGGAGAACGAACGAAUCGAUUGCGGGUAUCGACUCGGUUCUCGAAAGGUUUGAUUUGAGUUUUGAUGGAAAAUUUGAAUAAAAUUGGGUUUUUUUAUAAGAUUUUGUAGGUUUUUCUCUUGUAUGAAGUUAGCCUCAAAAUUGUACAAAUGUCAUUUUUUUCGAAGAACUAAAAAGUUGAAAAAAACAUUUUAUAAUUUUUUUGGCCAAAAUCUAUCUUUCGAGCAAGUCUUACCUAGGUACGGCAAAGUGGACCCUCAAGGGGCAAUUGAAGGGACCCCUCUAGGGACCACUUUACCUCUAGGGGCUACUAAAGCUCGUAAAAUUGGCUUUCUGUGGAACGCUCUAUUGUUAUAAACUAUGAGAAGAAGCUUUUCAAAUUAAGAAAAAAAAAAUAAAAGACCACUAUAGGGACCACUUAAGCCUUAGGGGUCAGACCCUCAUCUCCUAUAGGGACUACUUGAGUUUUACCCCUCUAGGGAGCACUAUUUUGCCCACUUUAAGGGCUAUUUUUCCCCGUUUACCCCUGAAAAAGGGGUGGUUUUCAAACUUUUUCUUUUGUGAUGAAAUUUUCAAAACUUGUUCUGAAAUUUCUGUUGUUUUGAAGCGAGCGGUCGCGUAGCGGUUUUUUGAAAUUGUGCAAGGUUUUUUUUUCAAUAAUUGCUCUCUGGAACUAACGACUUUCUUUUCCUCACGAUUUCGUGAUUUUGUCGCGAACGGAGUAAACUUCAAGUGAUCACUUAAGAAAAAAAUCUCGUUGAAAUGACUAUUUGAACUUUUUUAGUGAUCACUUAAGUAGGACUAGGUGGAUCGACGUCUUUUUUCCAUACCUCCUUAAGUGAUCACUAACCAAGCGAUGAAAAGGAAAUUUCUCUAAAGCACUAUUGCCUCAAAACAGACAAACACCGCAUCGAAAAAGCCAAAAGUGUAUUUGCAAGUUUUUAAAUGUUCAACCCAACCGCGACGCGACAGCAGCGCGUCGAGCCAUUCCACAUAAGUUCCCACUCGUCACCAAGAAAAAGAAAAAUUUUCAGCGGCAUCUACGGUGUGACGAUGCAGCAGUUGCUCGACACCUUUUCCAAUUUAAAAAGUUCCCUUUUGGAAAUCGAGCACGUUUUGAGACCAGCCCAAGAAACCAACCAAUCGGCGUCGAAGGUUCAAAAUUGAAUUGAGAUUUGAUUUUCUCAUAAAAUUCAUUCAAGCCUCCGGUUUUCGCCCUACCCCCGAUGGUCGAAUAUGCUCCGGUUCCGACAGGAUACGCUCCGAAUUUUCCAGGUUUGGAAAAAUGAAGUUUUUGGCUGGUUUUUGGUUUUGAAACGCUCAAACAGUGAUAAAUUAUUAGACGGAAAAAAGUCGCGUAUUUAGGAUUUUGGAGUAAUUUUGAUCCUUGACGCUUGAUAAUAUUGUACUGAAGAACCGUUAGAAAUAGAUUUUUAAGACUGGCUUUUUUCAAAAUUUUCCUUGCGCCUUUAAAAAUUUCUUCAAGGUGCUUAAGGGACACAUGAAAUAACUUAUCAACAAAAAUGGGUCCCAAGAUCGAAUUUUUCCUUUUUCGAAGGGUUCUGUAUGAUAAAGUCCGCAUUUGGUGGUUUGAGUUUUUGCACAUUUUGUGUGGUCUCAUGUCUUUUUUUUCGCAUUUUUUAAAAAUUUUAUCGAAUUCCAUUCCAAAUAUAGGAAACAGUCGCGUUACAUGAACUAUUCAUACUAAUUUUAAAAAAAAACUAAAUUUCAAAAAUAGAAACCAAAAAAACGCGAGACGGUAGCACUAAAAAAAUGUGCACACACGUACACAUGCCAAAUGCGGUCUUUUACAUACCGUAUUCUUCAGAAAUGGAAACUCAAAAGAGAGAAAUUCCAAUUUUUAGGACCUAGUGGACAAUAUCAAUCAUUCCCAGCUCCCAAUCAAUACAAUGUGAGUUGCAUUUUUCCCCAAGAAAAAUUUGAAAAAACCAAAAAUUUAGGACCCGAACUUAAUGGGCUUCCAGGCGCGUCGGGUUGGUCCUUAAAAUUGAUUUAAUCAACAUUUUUUUUGUUAAAUUUUAUGCAUUUUCUAACAUUUUUUUAUGCACUGCCAUUAUUAAGUAUCAUUGGAUUACUCUGUCAAUAAACGUUUUAAUUUGUUUAAUUCGAAAUCGUGUUGUAGCCAGUAGAUGAUCAGAGAUGGCGGCCAGCUUUUUCGAAUUUCGCUCAGCCUCCGCGCCAAAAUCACGGAAGGAGGUGUGUAGAAAACAUUGAAAAAUCACCAAAUUGGUUAAAUUUUGAGGAAAAAUAUGACUUUGAAUGGAAAAUUAUCUUUUUUUAUAGUGAAGGAGUUCAAAAUUAUCUCUGACUCUCCAAAAUUUAUUUUUUUUUUCUCUGUUGGUAGUUUUGAAUUUCGCGGACUCACUAUACAUUUUCAUUCACAAGAAUUCAGAAUUUUUCAAAUUUUCUGGAGAAUUUAGUCAUUCUUUGAAGAUUAAAACUGUCUGACUUCUGUGCGCCCUCUUUUCUCUCGCUUUACGAGCUAUUUUCAUGUUUAUAUGACCUUAUAGAUGAGAGAAAAGAGAGCGCAGACAGGUCAGAAUAUUUUAGAGAAGUUUAUAAUUCUUAAUUUUCUAUUAAGGAUCAUUUCUAACUUUUAAUAAAGUCAGAGAUAGAGAACUUUUUCAGAAGAGUUCGUUUUGAAGUUUAUGUUUUUAGGUAUGGAUUUGAACGACCUAGGGAAACGAGAAAAAUGGCUCAGAACGAUUUUGCGGUGGUUAGUUGUUUUAUUUUUAAAAAAAGCAUCAGAAAUGAUUUUAAACGGAGAUAUGGGUCUUGACAAGAAAACUGCCGCGAUAUUAUUCGGAUUUUUCAACUUUUCUGAGCACGAGAGAAACGCGAUAUCGCGUGCUAGGGAGGCGCGAUAAUUUUGCGAUGUCGCCGGCGAUAACGCCUUUCUAUCGCCUCAGACUAGGCAGUUUUCUUCUCAGCUUAUUUGGACAGGAAAUUUGAAGAUUUUCAAAACUAUGCCAAUAAAAUUUAGAAUUUUCAGCUCUCCGACAUGACCAACGGGAGAGAGCCCUGCGCGAUUUGCCUCGGCGAAAUGGAUUCGAAUCGUCAAAAUCUCUUCCGAUGCCGACAAUGCACUAAAAUGAUCCACGAUAAGGUUCUUACUGUAAUUUUCCUCUCGAAACCAUUCAUUUAUUUAUUUUCAGUGCAUGUCUCAGUGGCGGCAACGAAACAACACGUGCGUCUAUUGCCGCGCCAUUUUAUUAUAA